CAUAUACUUGCUUUCAUAAACUAUGUUUUAUUCCAUUAAAAGGUGAUUGAUUGGCUGUUAUGACGCAUAACACCUAAAAAUCAUACGUGUGCAUUUGCGUAACUCAUUUCCAUAAAGAAUUGUGUGGCACUGGGAUAUAAACCUGUCUCCCUGCUAACAGCACAGCUUCAGACACAGCUGUGCCUCGGAGAGUCUCAGUAUCCGGUAAUAGGCCCAUAUAGACUAUUCGAUCAAACAAAUCAUAGCAACUCUGCAAUAUUAUUUUUAAGACAGUCUACGACAAAUUGACAUAAGUUCAAUGAAGACGGAGAGUGUGGCGCAAAACAUUCCGUUCGUCGGCAGAAAGCGAAGUCUGAUCGAAGAUGCCCGGAAAGAGCGCGCCAGCGGUUCCUCUUCCCCUGGCCCAUCGCGGGGUGGUGAAAGCUUUGUGUUUGAGGAAAAGGAAGGAACAGUGACACUGAACAUUCUUUUCGCACUCAGCCACGAGAAGAAUGCAGGGUUCUUUAAAACUGGCAAAGUCUUUGAGGUAAGGAAAACAUGUGCAUCAUUAGAUAUGAGUUGCAGAUGGAGAGCUUCAAUUAAAUCAGGUCUACGGCAUCGAAUCAAUGUGAUAAAAUAUACAUGUGUUUGCUUAAAUAUGAUAUGUAUGUCUUUACCAUGCAUUCAGACGUUUGAAGCUAAGCUUCUGCAUAUUGAGAGCCGACCAGGGAGGAAGUCUAAGAACAGUGGCUGUGGUGAUCUGGAGUUCUUUAUGAGGUGUGAAGUGCACAUCUCUGACACCGACACCUUCAUCAACUCACUCAAGAGAGUCGCCGACGACGUACGCACCAUCCCAGAGGAAAAAGUUCCCUGGUUCCCCAGAAAGAUUAGAGAUCUGGAUAAAUGCAACCUGUUGAUAACGAAAUAUGACCCAGAUAUGGACCAGGAUCAUCCAGGAUUCAGUGAUCCAGAAUACAGAAAAAGAAGGUGCUUCAUCGCUGAACUUGCAGCGAAUUACAGACAGGGGGAACCAUUACCCAGAGUAGAGUACACACCAGAGGAGGUGGCCACAUGGAGAGAGGUGUACCGGACCCUGAGGACCAUCUACCCUGACCUGGCGUGCAGACAGUUCCUGGGUGGGCUGCAGCAGCUGGAGAGGGAGUGUGGCUACGGAGAGGACAGUAUCCCCCAGCUCCGGGAGGUCUCUGCCUUCCUCAAAGAGAAGACAGGCUUCCAGCUGCGUCCGGUGGCAGGGCUACUCUCCGCCAGAGACUUCCUAGCUAGCCUGGCCUUCAGAGUGUUCCAGUGUACCCAGUACAUCCGCCACGCCUCCGCACCCAUGCACUCCCCGGAGCCGUACGUCAAUUGGUGUUAUUGGCAUAGUAGAAUCACUCGAAAUAAACAAGAUUGCUGUCACGAGUUACUCGGCCAUAUUCCUAUGCUUGCAGACAAAGAAUUUGCCCAGUUUUCCCAGGAAAUUGGCCUAGCCUCACUGGGAGCAUCAGACGAGGAUAUUGAGAGACUCUCAACUUUGUACUGGUUCACGGUGGAGUUUGGACUGUGUAAGCAGAAUGGAACUGUGAAGGCAUACGGUGCCGGCCUCCUGUCCUCAUAUGGAGAACUCAUUUAUGCUCUCUCUAACGAACCUGAGUACAAGCCAUUCAACCCAGAGGAGACAGCAAUCCAGCCUUACCAGGACCAGACUUUCCAACCUGUCUACUUUGUCUCAGAAAGCUUUGAGGAUGCCAAGAUUAAGAUGAGGCGGUACUCGUCGUCCAUCCAACGGCCCUUCUCUGUCCGGUACGACCCAUUCACUUCCAGCCUGGAGGUUCUGGACCAACCCAGUAAGAUCCAGCAUGCCCUAGGCCAGAUGAGAGACGACCUGAAGAUACUCCACAGUGCCCUGGAGAAACUGGGCUGAGGGCCUCAACACUGAGCCAGAGACUCAGGGAGUGAAACUGAUACAUACCUCUGGAGGGGUGGGAAGGGGAAGCCAUUUUGGGUCUUUAAAGGUGCAAUCUGUAAUUUCUCUGUGUGGCCAUGGGGCCAAAUGCACAAACAAUCAAUGCUCAAAUUGCACAAAAUACAGUAGUUCCAUUUAAGACAAUCAGUUGAAUAUCCACCUCUUCAAUCCUACUGGGCUAAUACUUGCAUUAUUAUUAUUGUAUUUUUUAGAGACUAAACUAGAUUUAGCAUAUAAAAAUGGAUGGAUGUGAAAUGCUGUGUAUAUAUUUAGUUAACUGAAAAACACAAUUUAUAUUUAUGUGCAAGAUUCAUAAAUAUUUCCUUGUUGGGUGCAUGUAUUGAUAUGAUAUGUAUUGAUAUGUACGGUGACGUUAUACAUGUAUUGUGAGGAGAAUGUACAAAGUAAUACAUUUUAUUUUUAUUUUUUCA